UAAUAAUAAAUAAUUGUUCAAACAGGUCUGAUAUCGGAAAUUCUUCUAUGUUUUGCUGCUGGAUCGAAUUCAAAGACCAUUCUAUCUGUAGAAACGGCAAAUAAGGACUCUCUUACAUGUAUUCAUGGGUUAAGACUCUAUUCAUUACUUUGGACUAUAAUGGUGCACACAUAUUUGCAGUUGUUUGCCGUUGGAGAAAACCGGGUUGCAAGAAAAAUCACUGAACGAUCUUUCAGCUAUCAAGUGGUGGGAAACGCUACGUUUUCCGUGGACACGUUUUUCUUCAUCAGUGGUGUACUGAUCGUUGUGCUGUAUUUUCGCUCUGCUAAAAAUGAACCGUCAAAUGAAAAACACACCACACAUCUAUUCAACUCAACGGCUUGUUCAAAUAUAUUUCUAUCAAUACUUUACCGCUUCAUUAGGCUCACACCUGCCUAUUUAUUCGUGAUCAUAUUCAACGAACUCGCCCUCAAAUGGACAUAUGGAAGAUCUGUGUUCACACCAGGAAUAAUUGAUCACAUAACAUGUAAUAAGUACUGGUGGCGUAAUAUAUUAUACAUCAACAAUUGGUAUUCAUUUAGUGAAAUGUGUAUGAUAUGGUCCUGGUACUUAGCAAAUGAUAUGCAAUUUUACGUUGUUGCAAUAAUCAUAUUAACAGUAUCGUCAAGAUACAUGAAAACGUCAGCCUUCAUAUUGGGCUUGUUGAUGGUUUGUUCAUGGGCAAUAUCUAUUUUCCUUUCCAUUCAUUUCAACUAUACGUAUAAGGUUGCAGAACCUUUUGAAUCAUUUGAUGUGCUCUAUGACAAGCCAUGGCAAAGAAUCACUCCGUACAUAAUUGGCAUGUUAACUGGAUAUAUUCUUCAUUUCAAGAAAACGCCACCUAAGGUACCAAUGUUAAUCAACAUACUCCUCUGGGCUUGUUCGCUUCUAAUACUCUUCGUAUUGGUUUUCGGAGUAUGGGACGGUGUGCUUUCUGUCCCCAUGACGGCUUUGUACGUGAGCCUUGGCCAUACAGCGUGGGGAGUUGCUCUCAUUUGGAUUACAUUGUCGUGCUGCUGGGGAUAUGCUACACCAAUCAAUAAUAUACUAUCAUACCAAGCAAUUUUUCCUCUGAGUAGACUAUCUUAUUGUGCAUAUUUGUUGCACCCAGUGGUAAUGAUGGCUACGUCGUUCCAAAUGGAAGCACCUAUGCAUUUGCAGCAUGUGAUUGUGGUUACCAUGUUUUUCGGAAAUGCUGUACUAUCUUUCAUUCUGGCGUAUUUUGUUUCGUUAAUAUUUGAAGCUCCUGUUGUGAAAUUGCUGAAACUGGCGUUCAGGAGAUAAACAAGCUUGUAAAGAAACGUUUACAAGACACAUUAGUUACCAUCACGCGUGGCAUGAAGAAGAGCAUCUGGUCUGAUGAUUAUUACAUAGGAAGGUGAUCGUGAUAGCGUAUAAAAAGACUGUUAUUUUGUUUUGAAUUCCAGUAGUUUUUUUUAAUAAAUGACCUAUGAUUAAGAGUU